AUGGCUUCCAACUUCAACGACAUAGUGAAACAGGGAUACGUGAGGAUACGGAGUAAGAAACUGGGGAUCUUUAGAAGAUGUUGGCUGGUAUUCAAAAAGGCGUCAAGUAAAGGACCACGGCGCUUGGAAAAGUAUCCCGAUGAGAAAGCCGCCUACUUCAGAAGUUUACACAAGAUCACUGAGCUCCAUAAUAUCAAGAACAUUAGCAGGAUGCCGAGAGACGCCAAGAAGCACGCGGUGGCCAUCAUCUUCUGUGACGACACGUCCAAGACUUUUGCAUGUGAUUCAGAGCUGGAUGCGGAGGAAUGGUGCAAGCUGCUGAGUGUGGAGUGCCUGGGCAGCCGUCUCAACGACAUCAGCCUGGGCGAACCAGACUUGCUAGCAGCGGGGGUGCAGCGCGAGCAGAACGAGCGUUUUAACGUGUAUUUAAUGCCCACUCCGAACUUGGACAUCUACGGGGAGUGCACCAUGCAGAUCACCCAUGAGAACAUCUACCUGUGGGACAUCCACAACGCACGCCUCAAACUCGUCAUGUGGCCUCUCAGCUCGCUCCGCAGAUAUGGCAGAGACUCUACAUGGUUUACGUUUGAGUCGGGAAGGAUGUGCGACACAGGCGAGGGCUUGUUCACGUUCCAGACACGAGAGGGGGAGAUGAUCUACCAGCGCGUCCACUCGGCCACUUUGGCCAUUGCCCAGCAGCAUGAGAGGAUGAUGGAGGAGAUGGAGAAAAGCUCCCAGAUGCGCUCUUCAGAGACCCUCAGCAAGUCCAUCUCUCUGCCCCGUAGCGCUUACUGGCAGCACAUCACGCGGCAGAACAGCGUGGGUGAUCUCUACAGUUACCAAGGGAGCAGCUUGUCCAUGACGUUCAUCCCUCGAGCUCAGACCUUCCCCAACUUCUUGUCCCACGAGCCCGAAAGGGAAGCGGAAAAGGAGACAGGAGAAGAAGGGAGGCAGCGCUCGCCCUCUAGUGGCCGAUCGGCCACCUGCAACAGGAGGCCGCUCCAAUGA